AUAAAUGCAAAAAUAUUAUUCAUUUCGCAUCAGAAGCUUUUGUAUCCCGAUAAUUAGAAGAACAUUAUAACCAAAAAUUAACAAUGAAAAUUUUUAUUAUUUUAGCAUUGAUUGCAUUUUCAUCAGCAGCAGAAUGGAAGAUUAAAACUUUAAAAGAAUGGGACCACUUUGAAGACAUUUGUCUUGAACGCUAUAAAGAAUUAAUCGAUAAACACCAAAAUGAUAGAGCUGAUCAAUACCCUAAAGAAGCUUUCGAGAUACUUCUCUGUGUGUUCCGUGAAGUAGGAAUUUGGAGUGAUUCUAAGGGAUUUUCAGUUGAUAGACUUAUGAUUGUCAUGGAUAGAAUUGCAACUAAAGAAGAUAUUAACAAGAAGUUCUUACGUGAUAGUCUGGAGAAAUGUGCUGAUAACAAUGGUGAAGGAAGCACAACAUUGGAUUGGGCGUAUAGGUCGUAUAAUUGUUUCAAGGCUAACAAGGUUUUAUACGAAACAUUAACGAAAGGCAGAUUUGGAGCAGACCAGGAAACCGUUGAUGAAUAAUUUUGACUUUGGCUUAGUGUAAAUACAUAACUUGUUUUUAUAUUGCUAUUUAAGAAUUUUGGGAUAAAAUUAUUGUAGCGGUGUUAUCAUUGUUUAUAAUACCUAUA